AUGGCAGAGUUCUUUGAAGAACUCUGUUUUGAUGAACAUCAACUGUAUUAUGAGGAGCAAACAUGGGAAUCAUUUCAUCACUUUUCAGAAGAAGAUCAUGAAAUAUCUCAAUCUGAAGACAACAUCAAUAACUCACAAGAAGAAGCUGGGUAUGAAGGUGAUGAUGAUGCUGAAGAAAAUGGUGCAGGUCAAGUGUAUGGCAGACAAAGCAGAGAAAUGACAGUGCAAGAGAAACGCCAACUUGUAGAUGAGGUCAUGCUUAACAUGGAGGGGGACUCAGUGCCAAGAGGAUUUAUAUCCAAAUUGGCUAGGAAACAUCACGUGCAUAGAUCAACAACUACAAGGUGGUUUCAGGUAAUUAAGCAACACAUACUUGAGGGUCAUGCAUUAGAUGUGAGGACAAAAAAAUUAGGCACUAUUGGUAGAAAACUAACAGAAUACACUGAUGAAUUCCUAACUUAUGUCCCUCUGUAUAAGAAACAAACUGAGAGAGGGUAUGCUGCAGCUUUGCAUAUCUCUAAGGCUGCUUUGCACAGGUUAAGGCAAAGGGGUAGAUUAAGAACACACACAAGCACAAACAAACCUGCACUGACUGACAAUCACAAAAUAGCAAGGCUGAAGUGGGUACUUAGUCAUAUUCAUCCAAUUCCAUCACUAGGGGACCCAACCUUUGUUGACAUGCAACAAAGGAUACACAUAGAUGAGAAAUGGUUUUUUAUAAACCCUGAAACAAGAACUUUCUAUCUACUUCCAACAGAAGAAAAUCCAUACAGAGCACAACAAUCUAGAAGGUUUAAGGUCAAAGCCUUGUUUAUGGGCAUGAUUGGCAAACCCUUGUAUGAUGAAAACAAACAACUACUACAUGAUGGAAAGUAUGGUUUAUUUCCUUUUGUGAAGUAUGAGGCAACCAAAAAAAAGAGCAAAAACAGAGAUAAGGGGACAAUAGAGGCUAAGGCAGUCCAGAGCAUAAACAAAGAAGCAAUCAGGGACAUGCUACUGAACCAUGUAAUUCCAACCUUACAUGAGCAGUGGCCCUCACAACUACCAAAGAACAUCACAAUACAGUGGGACAAUGCAAGACCUCAUCAAGUACCACAAGAUGCAGAAUUUCAAGAAGCCACACAAGCAUAUGGAUUUAACAUUCAGUUUGUUUUUCAGCCAGCUCAAUCACCAGACAUGAAUGCUCUAGACUUGGGACUCUUCAAUGUGAUUCAGUCAAUUCAGUAUCAAUCAUUUCCACAGAAUGUGGAUGACCUUAUUAAGGAAGUGGACAUUGCAUUUCAACAAUUUGAACCAGAAUUGAACAAGUACAGUUGGCUAACACUGCAAUCAUGCAUGGUUGAAGUACCUAAAAGGAGAGGGGGCAACAAUUACAUCACACCACACAUGAAAAAAAGAAGUCUCGACAGGCAAGGUAUACUACCAGAUCUGUUAGAGGUGGACAAGGGACUAAUUGGAGAGGUUGUCACAUAUCUAGACUCAAUCACUAUCCCAGUUAAUGGUGAAGAUGAAGGGCAUAUGGAAGUUGAUGCAGAUUGA